AUGGGUGGGAGCAAGGGCAAAGCGCCCCAGCGCCAGGAGGGCCCAGGGCGGCCAGCCUCAGGGGAGCAGGAAUCCGGGUCCGCCAGCGCAGACGGGGCGCCCAGCCAGGAACGCGGACAGGGUCGUGGUAAGGCCCGCAGGGCCAGACCGGUCUUGGAACCCGCCACUGGGGGAAGCCACAAGACCCACGCUGGCCGCCGGAAGCCCACCGCAGAGGGGACCAGCGGCUGCAGACAGUCAGCGGCUGGGCGGCCAGCAGAGGCCCAGGGGAGACUAGGCAGCGCGCGGCGGUGGGGGCCCGGAUCUAAGGAGAGGCGCAAGCCCAGGGACGACCUUGGGGGGCGCCUGGAGGAAGAGAGUCUCUCCCGAGAAGGGACAACCAGUGAGCUCUGCCGCCGCAGGAGGAGACGGAAAGGGCGGGGACCCUCGGCUCUGCAUGGAUGCGGAGAGACCCGGAACCUCCAUGGGGACACGUCGGGUGGAGAUGGGGGCAGCUCUUGCCCCGACAGCGAAGCCCGAGAGCCCCAGGAGAGCGACAGCCAGAGCACCGGGGCCCCAGAGCUGCGACCCAAGCCGGAGCUAACGCACACAGUCCCCGGAGACACCCAAACCGGGUCGGAACCAGAGCUGGAACCCAACGAACGCCCCAGCAGUGACGGCGGGGACAGCACUGAACCCUGGAGCCCGGAAGGGUCAUCGGGGUUGGGACCCCAGGGAGAGAGUGAGGAUUCCGGGGCAGACACGGAAUCGAGUCUGAAGGGGACCGGGCCUCGAGGGGGCCCACGGAGAGCCCCAGAAACAGCGAGCCAGGCCACUGAACACGUCCCCCGGAGCUCGAAGGCUUCUCGGGACCCCAGGCUGGCCCGGGACACAAGUGACAACGAGGCGCGGCCGGAGGCCGAGCCGCAGGGCACCGAGCCAGGAGGACCGUCGGCCUCGGCCUCCGGGAUCCGGCGCCGCCAGGUCGGCAAGGUGGCGGGGAAGGUGCAAGUGGCGGCAGGCGAGAGCGAAUCUGGGGCUGGAGGGGGAGGCGGGCCCCGGGCCCCAGCGCCGCUGGCCGCCCUUGUGGCGCUCCGCAGGCUCCGCGCGAAAGCCCCGCCGGACCCCGUGCCCCAGUCUGAGGACGAGGACAGGACUCUGGAUCCCAAGUUCGCGGUCGUGUUCCCCAGGAUGCACAGGCCUGGGACACUCCCUGGGAGGGAGUCGAGCCGUCGGAGCACAGAGGAAGCUUCCAACGACGCCCCAGCCGGGGAGGGGCGCGUCUGGCCUUGUGCAGAGGCUUUGGGGGACAGUGAGGGGCGUGGGGCGAAUGGAGAAGGUGCGGCCGGGCCCCGCCAGAACUCUCUCCUCGGCCCUGCUCCCCACGACGAGCCCCCACCCGACGAGAGCGGCUCCAGCAGUGAAUCGGAGCCGGAACUCUUGGAGGCCGAGGCUCUGGUCCACUGGACUCAGAGCUCAGAACCCCGCAAGGACCCUGGACUUGACACCGACGACGCACUGCUGCCUCGACUCACCUUGGAGACCCAACAGCGGUCAGAGAGAGGCCUGGGCCCCUGCGGGCCUCCGAGGGGGCGGUGGGUGCCAGAAGAUGAGGCUGAGGAGGCGCUGGAGAGGGACCUGGAGCUGAGCCUGGGGCCCCGCCUGGAGGUACCGCCCUCACUGGGUACGGAGGACAGGAGUCUUGGGGAAGGCCUGGAAGACACGGAGGACCUGGCUUGGCUGCGACCAGUGUGUAACAGCUCUGUGCUGCUGUGCCUCAAGAAGAGGUUUCAUCUGGGCCGAAUCUACACCUUCGGGGGGCCCUUUCUGCUCUCUCUGAACCCCCGCCGGCCCCUGCCUCUCUUCUCAGCUGAGGUCCUGGCCAGCUACCACCCUAAGAAAGCCCCUAACACCACCCCACACAUCUUCGCCAUCAUGGCGUCAGCCUACAGCCUGUCUCAGAGCACUGGGCAGGGCACAUGCAUUCUCCUGGGUGGGCACAGCGGCUCAGGGAAGACAGAAGCUGCCAGAAAGAUGGUGCAGUUCCUGAGCCACCUGGAGCAGGAGCAGAUGAGGGACAGAAGAUGUCAGCUGGACGCCGCGCUGCUCGUGCUCAGCAGCUUUGGCCACGCCAAGACGGUCCUCAAUGCAAACGCCAGUCGCUUCGGGCAGGUCUUCUGCCUUUGCCUGCAGCAGGGGGCCAUCGUGGGAGCUUCUGUGUCACAUUACCUGCUGGAGGCCUCGAGGGUGGUGUUUCAGGGCCAGGCCUGCAGGCUCCAGGGCAAGGAUGAUGCCCAGGACUUCCAAGGACUUCUGAAGGCCCUGCAGGUGCUGGUCACGUGCCCCGAGGAGCUGGCUGCAGCCUGGGCCGUGCUGGCCGCCAUCCUGCAACUGGGCAACAUCUGCUUCUCCUCUUCAGAGCGGGAGUCCCAGGAGGUGGCUGCUGUGUCCAGCUGGGCCGAGAUCCACACGGCAGCCCGGCUGCUGCUGGUGCCACCCGAACGCCUGGAGGGGGCUGUCACCAGGAGGGUCACGGAGACACCGUAUGGCCACGUCUGCAGAUCCCUCCCAGUGGAGAGCGCCAUUGAUGCCAGGGAUGCCCUGGCCAAGGCCCUGUAUUCACGACUUUUCACUUGGCUUCUGGGGACGAUCAACGCGCAGCUGGCACCACCCGGGGAGGGACAGAGCAGGCACACCGUCACCGUCGUGGACGUCUACGGCUUCGAGGCCCUGCGGGUGAAUGGCCUGGAACAGCUGUGCAAUAACCUUGCCAGUGAGCGCCUGCAGCUCUUCGCCAGCCAGAUGGUGCUGGCCCAGGAGGAGGAGGUAUGUGAGCGAGAGUCACUGCCCUGGGUGCCUGUCCCCCAGCCUGUGAGGGAGACCUGCCUGGACCUCCUCGCAGCCCAGCCCCAUGGCCUCCUCAGUAUCCUGGAUGCCCAGACAUGGCUGUCCCAGGCCACAGACCACACCUUCCUCCAGAAGUGCCACUAUCACCAUGGCAACCACCCCUGCUAUGCCAAGCCGCAGCUGCCCCUUCCUAUCUUCACCGUGAGGCAUUACGCCGGGACCGUCACCUACCAGGUUCACAAGUUUGUGGACAGAAACCGGGAUCAUCUUGACCCUGCCGUGGCGGAAAUGCUUGCCCAGAGCCAGCUCCAGCUGGUGGGCAGCCUGUUCCAGGAAGCAGAGCCCCAGGCCAGGGGUGGGCGAGGCAAACCCACACUGGCAUCUCGCUUCCAGCAUUCCCUGGAGGACCUCCUAGCCCAGUUGCGCAAGAGCCAUGUCUAUUUCAUCCAGUGCCUCAACCCCAACCCAGGAAGGCUUCCGGGCCUCUUUGAUGUGGAACACGUGGCAGAGCAGCUGCUCCAGGCAGGCAUCCUGGAGGUGGUGUGCAGCCGCAGUGCCAACUUUCCUGUGCGCAUGCCUUUCCAGGCCUUCCUGGCCAGGUUCCAGGCCCUGGGGACAGAGGGGCAAGAGGAGUCCGAUGACCGGGAGAGGUGUGGCGCCAUCCUGAGCCAGGUGCUGGGGGCUGAGUCGCCCCUCUGUCACCUCGGAGCCACCCAGGUCCUGCUGCGGGAGUCCGGCCGGCGGCAGCUGGAGCAGCACUGGGCCCGGCGCGCCCUGCACCGCAGCCUGCGUGCCCGCCUCUCCCGCCGGCGCCUCGGCCGCCUCCUCUUGCCGCGGAUGCAGGCCAGGAAGCGGUACCUCCGGCGGCGGGCGGCUCUAGGGCAGCUGAACACCAUUCUGCUGGUGGCCCGUCCCCUGCUCUGGAGGCGGCAGAGACGGCAGCUCGGGCAUUGGCACAGCUGGAGGACCUCCGAGAAAGUGCCAAGCAUGGAGCUGGGGCGCUCGGAGAUCCCGGCUGAGCUGGCCGUCAUGCUGAAGACGGCAGAAGGCCGUCAGCAUGUCUGGGCUGAUAGCAUCACGGAGUCGAUGCCCCCGGAAGUGCCUGUCCGGCCCAAGCUGACCCUCCCUCCCGACAUUGACCAGUUCCCGUUCUCCAGCUUCAUCUCCAUCAGCUUUCAGGAGCCAUCCCUGCCCCACCCUGGGCAGCUGCUGACCAAGCCCCUGACCCGGCUGGACGGGGAGAACCCUCAGCAUGCCCUGGAUAUCAACAAGGUGCUGCUGCGGCUCCUGGGGGACGGGUCCCUGCCCACCUGGCAGGAGCAGAUCAUGGGCGAGUACCUGGUGCGCCAGGGGCUGCGCCGGCCGGGGCUGCGGGACGAGAUCUUCAGCCAGCUGGUGGCCCAGAUCUGGCACAACCCGGACGAGCAGCAGAGCCAGCGCAGCUGGGCCCUCAUGGCCAUCCUGCUCAGCGCCUUUCCCCCAAUGCCCACCCUGCAGAAGCCGCUGCUCAAGUUCGUGUCCGACCAGGCCCCCACAGGCAUGGCAGCACUGUGCCAGCACAAGCUCCUGGGGGCCCUGGAGCAGACGCGGCUGGCCCCCGGGAUGGCACGCACCCACCCUCCCACCCAACUCGAGUGGACAGCCGGACGGCGGCGGGGCCGCAUGGCACUGGACGUCUUUACCUUCAACGAGGAGUGCUACUCAGCCGAAGUAGAGUCCUGGACCACGGGGGAGCAAUUCGCCAGCUGGAUUCUGCAGAGCAGAGGCCUGGAGGUGCCCCCCCGUGGCUGGUCUGUGUCACUGCACUCCGGGGAUUCCUGGCAGGAUUCGGCUGGCUGUGACUUCGUGCUGGACCUCAUCGGCCGGACUGAGGACCUGGGGGACCCCGUCAGCCCUCGCAGCUACCCCAUUGCCCCCCAUGGCUUACCUGAGGACAUCCCCCCUGCCCCUGGCAUCCAGGCCCCCUCACUGCCCCCAGAUAUACCUCUGGGUCCACCCCCAACACUGUCCAGCAGGAGCCACACAGCCGAGUCUCAAGCCUCAGGGAGCCUGGACGGCUUCCUGGACCACCUCUUCGAGCCAGUCCUCUCCCCAGGCCACAGCGAUCUGGAGCAAGGCUGGGCUCUGAGCAGCCGCAUGAAGGGAGGGGGCGCCGUUGGGCCCAUGCAACAAGGCAGCUACCCCAUGGUUUACCCAGGGAUGAUGCAGAUGCCCGGAUACCAGCCAGCCAUGAUGCCUGCAGCCAUGCCCAUGAUGCCAGCGGUCGGCGCAGUCCCUGCCAUGCCAGCCAUGGUGGUGCCGCAGCAGGCGCAGCCACAGCCCCCGCUCCCCAGCGUGGACCCGAGGCAGCUGGCACUCCAGCAGCAGAACUUCAUCAACCAGCAGGCGCUGAUCCUGGCCCAGCAGAUGACCACGCAGGCCAUGACACUGUCGCUGGAGCAGCAGACGCGCCAGCGCCGGGCUGAGCCCCAGAGCUCUGGAUCUGCUGCCCCGACCUCACCCCCAGCCAUCGCCCCCAAGCCCAAGAAGCCCCUGGUCCCGCGGGAGGAGCCAGGGCAGGAGCUGGAAUCGGUGGGUGCUCGCCUGAGGGAGACCUCGCAGGAGCCCCGAAACAAGCCCCAGAGGCCCAAGAGCUUCCGGCAGAAACAGGACUAUUUCCAGAAAUUGGGGCAGCAGCAGAUCAAGGUGAAGACCAUGAAGCCUCCUGCCAAGAUACAGAUCCCCCAGGAGGAGCAGCAGGAUGAGGAGCAGGAUGACGAGGAGGAACCCAGAGCAGGUGGUGGGGAGACAGGGGUGGGGAGACGGGGUGUGCCAUCCCCUCCUCCUCCCCCCACGGUGAAGAAGCCACUGACACAAGGGGGAGCCAAAGCUUCACAAGAGAUGGAGGCUGAGGUGGGGCCUGGGGGUGAGCGGGCGCCUGUGCCGGGCAGGCCCCUGGUCCGCAGCUCGGACCCCGGGCCCCGACGGCAGGCAGAGCCUAGCAGGGAGAUCCGCAACAUCAUCCGCAUGUACCAGAGCCGCCCGGGCCCUGUGCCUGUGCCAGUGCAGCCGUCCAGGAAGCCCCCUAAAUCUUUCAUGAAGAAAAACAACCCCAAGGAUGAAGCUCUGGCUAAGCUGGGGAUCAGUGGUGUCCAGACGCCUGCGUCGGCGCUGUCCCCCAGCCCAAGGAAGGGGCCCCCGCCACCUGUGGCUCCUCGCCCCAAGGUCCCAACACAGCUUGGGCGCUCCAACUCCAUCAAGGAGAGCCAGGGUCUGUUCGGCCAGACUCCGCCCACUGCCCAUGAAGCCUCACCUCCUCCAGCGCCCCCACUGCCUGGGGACACAGGGACCCUUCCAGCGGAGCCCCCCGGCUUGAUGGAGCCCAUGGAGGACCAGGGGGUCUCCACCCAGCUGCUCGUGCCCUCUGGCAGCGUGUGUUUCUCCUAUGUCGGUGCGCCCUGGAAGCUGUUCCUGCGCAAGGAGGUGUUCUACCCCCGGGAGACCUUCAGCCACCCCUACUGCCUGCAGCUCCUCUGUGAGCAGAUCCUGAGGGACACCUUUGCCGAGUCCUGCAUCCGGAUCUCCCAGGAUGAGCGGACCAGAAUGAAAGAGCUCCUGGGAGACCUGGAGGUGGGCCUAGAUUCGCUCAGUACCACCCAGGACAGUGUCAAGAAGCGCAUCGUGGUGGCUGCUCGGGACAACUGGGCCAAUUAUUUCUCCCGAAUCUUCCCUGUCUCGGGUGAGAGUGGCAGUGACGUGCAGCUGCUGGGCGUGUCCCACAGGGGGCUGCGGCUGCUCAAGGUGACGCAAGGCCCUAGCUUCCACCUCAACCAGAUGAAGACUCUCUGCUCAUACAGCUUUGCUGAGGUGCUGGGCGUGGAGUGUCCAGGCGGCUCCACUCUGGAGCUGUCGCUAAAGGGGGAGCAGCUGGUGUUGCGCACGGCCCGGGCGGGUGCCGUCAAGGCCACGAUCGAGCUGUUCCUGAGUGAGCUCAAAAAGGACUCCGGCUACGUCAUCGCCCUGAGAAGCUACCUCACUGACGACCACAGCCUCCUCAGCUUCCACCGUGGGGACCUCAUCAAGCUGUUGCCAGUGGCCGCGCUGGAGCCCGGCUGGCAGUUCGGCUCCACCGGGGGCCGCUCAGGACUCUUCCCUGCCAACAUGGUUCAGCCAGCUGCUGCUCCAGACUUUUCCUUUUCGCCAGAGAAGAGUGGCCGGCACAGGAGUCAGUCGCAGCAUGGAGAGCCAGGGCUGGCCCGGUGGGAGAGGGCGGCAGAGCGCCAUGCCCGCACCCAGAGCCAGACACAUAGUGACAACUCCGAGGCCACCAGCUCCACCCACUCUGUGACCUACCUCUCUCUGUCCACGGACUCCCACGACUAUACCAUGCAGGAAUUUGCCCUGCACCACUUCCGGAGGUCCCAGACCUUGCUGGAUCUGACAAGUCACGAUGCUAAGAAAGCCAUGGCCAGCCUGGUGCGGUACACCAAGGUUCCCAUACAGGAAUCACUCAUCAGCCUCAGUGAUGAGGACGCAAACAGGCAGGCUGUGGAAAGCUUCCAGGCUCUGAUGCUGUUCAUGCGGGACUCGCCCAAGUCCCGGGGCAAGAAUGACCCGGAACUCCUUUAUGAGCUGCUCAAGCUGUGUCGAGAGGAGAACCUCAGGGAUGAGAUUUACUGCCAAGUCAUCAAACAGGUCACAGGACACCCUCAGCCGGAACACUGUGCCCGUGGCUGGACCUUCCUCAGCCUCCUCACGGGCUUCUUCGCCCCGUCAACCACACUGAUGCCCUACGUGACCAAGUUUCUGCAGGAUUCAGGCCCACGCCAAGAGCUGGCCCGGAGCAGCCAGGAGCGCCUCCAGCACACAGUCAAAUACGGGGGCCGCAGGCGGCUGCCCUCUCCGGUUGAAAUUCAGGCUUUCCUGAAAGGGCAAGUAUUCCGCCCACUUCUAAUUCACUUGCCAGGGGGUCUGGAUUACAAAACCAGCAUCGGGACUUUCACGGUGGCAGCAGAAGUGCUGGAGGAGCUGUGCCAGCAGAUGGGCAUCACUGACCCCCAGGAAGUGCAGGAAUUUGCCCUGUUCCUCAUCACAAAGGAAGGUGAGCUGGUGCGGCCCCUGUGGCCCCACGAGUACCUCAACAGCGUGGUGGAUCAGGACGGGAGCCUGCACAGCCGGCGGCUCAGCUGGGAGACGCAGCUGCACUUCGAGAAUCCCACCUACAUCACUACUCACUACAAGCAGGUGCUGCGGGACUACCUACAGGGGAAGCUGUUGGUCAGCCCCCAGGAGGACGCUCAGCUGGCCAAGCUGGCCGCCCUGCAGCACCGUAGCAAAGGCCAAGAGGACCACCUGUCAGAGGAAGACCUGCUGGCUUACUUGCCCAAGCCGCUGCAAAAGCAAGUGAGCAUGUCAGCCCUAAGGAACCUGACGGAGCAGGAGCUGAGGUGGAUGCAAGCGCGCAGCUCCCAAGAAGCACAGAUUAGCUUCAUCGAGGCCGCGAGCCAGCUGCCCCUCUUCGGCUACACCAUCUACGUGGUGGUGCGUGUCAGCCAGAUGGCCCUGCCGGGACCCAGCUUCCUGGGACUCAACCGCCAGCACCUCAUCCUCAUGGAGCCUAGCACCCAGGAACUGUACUGCUCCAUCGCCCUGAAGGACCUGCAGCGGGUCCAGCUGCUGAGCCGCCUGCAGAGCGACGGGCUCCCUGGCCUGGAGCUCAACUACGGCUCUGCCGACAACCCCCACACCAUCUGGUUUGAGCUGCAGAAGGCCCAGGAGCUGAAGCACACCAUCGCCUUCCUGCUGGACCUCGGCGCCACUUCCCACUAGCACUGGCCUCACCCAGAGGAGUGCAAGAGGGCCCCUCCCAGGGCCAAGUCUGACUAGGACUGUCUCCCUGGGGUGCCAUCAGGCCAUCUUGGUUCAGACUUCCCCACAUGGCUGUUCUGGAACCUUCCACAGCACAGCACUACUGGCCUGUGUGGAGGCCAGGAGCUGCUAUGGGGCCCCCAGCUGGGAAAGGGCAAGACUCCCCCUGGGGGCGCCUGCAGGAACUCACUUGGGCAGCUGAUGCUGCCUACCCUGGGGGAGAUGCCCACACGGCGCCAGGUCCCGGCUCCACAUCGGCACGAUCCCCGCCUUCGAGAAGCAAAUGCUGAGGAAAUAAAACUCCCAAGAGAAAAA